UAAAGAUGAACCUCACGACAUGCGUCACCAGGUCCAAGAUGCCCCACUCGUCCUUGUGUGGAUGACAACAUGGUACAUGCCAUGGCUGGUGUACAAGUCCAUAUGGCCACAGCGGUGGAACCCAGGCAUCGUCCACGCCCCACCAGUGCGCUUUGUCGUCCCUGCCUGCCUGUGCAUGGUCCUCGCCAUCACGCGACCCCUCUUGUCAUUGAUAGACCUGCCGUGCUGGUUACAUCUGGCGUGGGGGGUUGGAGUGGUUGCCACGAGCGCGUGGGUGUUGGUGCUCGAAGGACGCUUCGUCAUCACCGUGCACGCAACGGACCUGCUGGCAAGGUAUUCAAAGUGGAACCAAGCGCACUUCAAGACCAUGUACAGAUAUCGCCAGUGUCUUCGUGUGCAGCGUCAAGUGGGCUUCAGCAUCGUGUCGCUGGUGGCCAGUCUCGUCCUUUGGAUGGCAUAUGCGACAAUGCCUCGGCCCUUGUCGACGACGCUGAUGCUGCUUGGCACGUCCCCACAUAUCGCUCUCGACCGUAGUGUGGCCAUUACUGGUCCGUGGCUCGCGCUAACCGUCGUGUCCGCGACCCUCCUGCAUCGACAAUACCGCAGCCACCACAGCAUGGAUUACUUUCACUUGUUUCGGUGUCUCGUAGCCCGCUCGCGCGGCACGCUGGUACUACUCGUGGUGGCAGUAGCACUGACCAAAGCCAACGCCUGGCAAUAUUCACCAGCGUUUCACAUCGACGGCAUCCUGGACACGCUUCUGGUCCAACUCAACGCGUUCUACCUCUUGCGCGGCACCACGACCUUGGUUCGGUAUGGCGGCAUGAGCCGCCGGCGCCUCCGCGCGUCCUCGAAAGCGCCGCCGAUGCCCCGUCGCAAGUCUCUCGAAAUGUGGUCAGCCUUUCUCGACUCACCAGACGGGUACGCAGCGUUUCGGUCAUACUGUUACCUGGAACUUCGCCUCGAAGACGUGCUUGCGCUCCGCCUCUGCCAAGAGUUCCGGCGGGGCCCCCUGCAUUCUCUGUUUGCCGCCCAACAUGUGUACCAGCAGUGCAUUUCAUCGGGCGGGCCGCUCACGACGCCCGUGGCCGCCGCGUGGCGCCCGGCGUUGCGGACGCGCAUCAACAAAGUCGCCCCGCUCGAGCUCGACGCGGCGCUAUUCGACCCGAUAGCCCACGACCUGCUCUGUGCCUUGUACACGCAAGUGUUUCCCCGCUUCUGUCGACACCCGUUUGGCCGGAGCUGGAAGUGGUUUGCGAUGCGGUUUUUCAAAGAGAAGAAGAAGAAACAGCCAAAGGCCAACGGACGCUUGAAAGCGACGUACCUCGUGCGUGGAUCCAUCGACGAACGCAACGAGCCCACGACCACAGACAGCACCCAGUCCUCCACAUGAUAUACUGUCGCCGCCGUCAUCAUUGUAGUUCUUGUGUGACGAUGUAUCACCAGACUCCGUAGUCAUCACGACAUGCUAGUAUGUACUACCGGUAUUUGUAUUUAAUAGUACGUACUGUAGAUAGAUGUACAGUAACGUUAUAGGUAUUGUGCAUUUCACCCAAA